CGCAGUUUCAGCGGCGUAAGGCACCUUUAGGCAGACUUCAAGUCACUGGUGUUGAUGUUUGUUUUUCAGAUUAGAAGUAAUUCGGCCACCCAGCACUGGACCGUCACCAACCUACUGUUUGCUCAGUGCUAGUUCACCAAGUUGGAACACUGGGAGGUGUCAGCACUUAAACUCUCUCACCGGUAUACAAGGUGCAUUCCUCUAGAGCGCGCAAAUGGAUGCCACGGCCUCAGGACACCAGCUGCCAACCGGUGAAACCAUUUGGUUUGUGAAAUAAAUGGGAUUUCAGAAGAGACCAAGACGUUUUAUGUCUUUUCAAACUCAAUGAAUACAAAUGGAGUACGAUAACCAACACGAACGGCUUCUCUCGCUCUUUCACGCUUAUGACGUUGAUAACUCCGGGCGCAUUGAAAAAGACGAGUUUUUACAGAUCUGCUCCGAACUUCAUGUCAAGUCCACGGAAACGGAGGCAAUUUUCGCAAAGCUCGACACCGACCAGGACGGUACAAUCAACUUGCAGGAGUUUCUGUGCGGAUUUCAGCGGGUGUCAGAUUUCCUGUCCGGUGAGAGUGGAGAGAACAUGGAGAGUGAUGAGAGCUUUUCUCCCGCUUGGGAGGCCUUCGAGACGCGAUUGGGGGACCAGGCUAAGUAUAUUCCCAAGAGAGAGCAGACUGCCAUCCUUUACCAGAACAUCAGCCUGACGGAGCCUCGGCUGGUGCCGCAGUAUGAGAGGGUCAUCAUGAACUCCACCAGAGAGAUCAAAAUCCAGACCACGGAGAUGGAGCACCUGGCUCUGGCUGUCAAAAGAGCUCAUGACAGGGCCACUAUGCAGCUGAGUGAGAUGGAGGAGGAGAUGGACCGGCGCAUCCAUGCAGCUGAACGCAACACACGUACACAGGAAGUGAAGAGAGCAGAGGCUGCCCUGAAUGAACUUAAGUACCAGUAUGAGACACAGGUGUAUGAACUACAACAGAAGAUCCUCAAGAUGCAGGUGGCCGAGGACCAGAACAGGACAGUCAGCCUGAAAGACGAGGCUUCGGCACUAAAGAAGAAAAACUACGAGCUGACUUUGGACAAUCAGCGACUGAAACAGGAGGUGCUGGAGUCUCACACCAACAUCGCCUUCCUGCGGAGUGAACUGGACUCCCUCAAGAGUGACUUAACUGACCACAGCAUCAACUCUGAGAGGGAUGAGGCUUUCGUGCGCUGCUUCUCCGAGGAGAGGGGAAACCUAGAGAGACAGAUUGAGAUGCUGCAGUCAGCCAACAGGAAACUACAUGAUAGCAACGACACCCUGCGUUCUGCACUGGAGACCAGUGUAAAGGAGAGCAACAAAACACAGCAAACAGGAAGUCCCUCUCCAGGUGACAGCUUCGGCCAGCGCAAGAGCCUCCAUACAUCCUCCCCAUACAUGAACAGGUGCUGCCAUGGGCCGUAUCCAGAUGAGAUGUUUGACCCGCAGCAGCUGUGCGACCCCAUGCGCAUGCGCAGACCUAGCUGUGAUGCGCUGGCCCUGGCGUUGUGCGACCCCAUGCGUCUGCGCAGACGCAGCUUCGAGGUGGACAGCCUGGAGGAGAGCGGUCUGGACAGCGGGCGCUCCACGCUGAGAGGGUCCCACGGCUACGACUCCGAGCAGGAGGGCUUCACACACACCCAGCAGCCUAUGGACAGCGGGCGCUCCACGCUGAGAGGGUCCCACGGCUACGACUCCGAGCAGGAGGGCUUCACACACACCCAGCAGCCUAUGGACAGCGGGCGCUCCACGCUGAGAGGGUCCCACGGCUACGACUCCGAGCAGGAGGACAACAAACACACCCAGCAGCCUCUGGAGCAAUAUACUGACAGCCUCGCAGGUGACACAUCUGACACAGAGACAGGUGAUAUGAGAGAUGAGAUGCCGCUCGAGUCGGACAGCGAGUCUGUGAUGGACUGGAAGUCUCCGGUGGUGGAGGAGAAGAAAAAGGCCCCAGCGUCCGGCAGGAAGUGUCUGUCGCCCAUCUUCUCAGAGGCUGAGAUCGAGCUGGACCGGAGUCAGCAGCCCACUGACCGAGCCUUCAGGAUGGUGCUGGCUGGAGACGCCGCCGUUGGCAAGUCCAGCUUCCUGCUGCGCCUGUGCAAGAACGAGUUCACCGAGAACACCAAAGCCACUCUAGGAGUGGAUUUCCAGAUGAAGACUUUGGUUGUAGACGGUGAGCCCACAGUCCUGCAGCUAUGGGACACAGCUGGACAGGAGAGGUUCAGGAGCAUUGCUAAGUCAUACUUCAGGAGAGCGGACGGUGUUCUCCUGCUGUACGAUGUUACAUGUGAGAGGAGCUUUCUGAGCGUGCGGGAGUGGGUGGACAUGAUUGAGGACGUGUCUCAGGAUGACAUUCCCAUCAUGCUCGUGGGGAACAAGUGUGACCUGCGGGAGGCGGCGCUCCAGGACGGCAUCACCUGCAUCCCCACCAGCUACGGAGAGAAGCUGGCCAUGACCUACAGCGCCCUGUUCUGUGAGACGAGUGCCAAGGAUGGCGCCAACAUCAUUGAGGCUGUUCUUCAUUUAGCACGAGAGGUGACGCAACACGCUCACGAGAAGAAGAACAUGUCAACGGUGACCAAGCUCACGGGGGGAAACACCAACAAGAAGAUGUCUAACUUUAACUGCUGCUUUUGAUGAGACACACACACACACACACACACACACACACACACACACACACACACACACACACACGCCCCCCUCUUUAACUGCUGCUUUUGAUGAACUUCUCUGCACGGACUCCACCUUCUCCACGCGCCCCCCUCGCUUUCUACCUGCUCAGCACUUUUUACCCACAGACACACACACACACACACUACACACACACACUACACACACACACACACACACACACACA